CGGACAGUGCUCCCGGCCAGCUUCCUGAUCCUGCCAGACCAUCUGCCCCAGGCUCAGAGCUGCUCCACAGGCAUCAUGAGGAGUGCCCUGCUGUUUGCAGUUAUCCUAGCCCUCAGCUUGGCUCGGAGUUUUGGGGCGGUCUGUGAGGAGUCACAGGAACAGGUGGUGCCUGGUGGGAGCCACAGCAAGAAGGACUCGAAUCUCUACCAGCUGCCCCCGUCGUUGCUCCGGAGACUCUAUGACAGCCGCUCAGUCUCCCUGGAUGGAUUGCUCAAAGUGCUGAGCAAGGCUAGCGUGGGUCCUAAGGAGUCGUCACUUCCCCAGAAACGUGACAUGCAUGACUUCUUUGUGGGUCUCAUGGGCAAGAGGAACAUCCAGGCAGGUAGGAACAUGUGGAGGUCGGUGGAAGGGCUAGGGUGCUGGCAAAGAUGUAGCAGAAGUCAGCUGCUUCGUAUUUGUCACCAGAGGGAAAGACAGGACUUUUCUUAGCUACAGUGAGGGUUCCUCCGCCCCUUCUACCCAAUCGGCUUGGGUCCACAGUCCAGCCCUCCCCGGGAGCACAGGACGGAGACCUUUAUAAGAUAGUCCUGCUGCAGCUGGGAGGGGGUCACGCAAGCUCUGCUUCUCCCCCGCCCCCCGCCCCCAUCUCCCAAACAGAGCAUCCCUCUACUUCCCAACUCUGUCUUCCAAAGCUGUCCUUCAUAGCCAGCCCUUUGCUAUUGGGUCAGGGUGAAGGUCAUAUGCAGAAAAAUCCCUCCUAACUACACUGUUUAC